AUGUGGACGGCGGCUGCGGGUCUGCUUCUGCUGCUGUCGCUGAUCAAAGAGUCGGUCAGUAUCCAGGUGAUCGUCCCCGAGACAAAGCGCACCACUGCUCUGUUCGCUUCCAUCACUCUGCGAUGUGAUUAUUCCACUUCCGCCAGCAAUCAGGAGAUCCUGGUCACAUGGAAGUACAAGUCCUUCUGCAAAGAUCCCGUUAUUGAGUUCUACUCCACAGCCUACCAGUCCGCUCAGCAGCUGGGCCAGGAUCCCGCCAACGACUGCCCCGACAGCCAGCGCACCUUGCGCACUGUGGCCCAGAAGAGAGGAAGCAAUGAGCCCAAUUUAGGGACUGAAUACAGUCAACGCAAAAUCACCAUCAUAAACAAAGCGGAUCUGCAGAUCACAGAAGUGAUGUGGUGGGACAACGGAAUGUAUUUUUGUCAAGUGGAUGCCCCCGGAGACACAGUCGGCGACAAUGACAAAGAAAUCCAACUAAUUGUUUAUCACUGGCUGACUGUGCUGGGGAUCGUCAUCGGGGCUCUGCUCCUGCUGCUGCUUUUCUUCAUCUGCUGCUGUCAGUGUUGUCCACAGGCCUGCUGCUGCUACGUCCGCUGCCCCUGCUGUCCACAGCAAUGCUGCUGCCCCGAGAAAAUGGUGAUGCAGCAUCGUAUGAUGAAGGAGGCACAGCGGGCCAUGGCUCCCUGGAUGGGAGGGCAGCCGGUCUAUGCUCCAAUGAGCCAAAUGUCGUCUCAGAUGAACCCAGCUCUUUAUCCUGGAUCUGUUUCGGGGAAGAGCAUCCCUCUGAAGCCCAUACCUUUGCCCCAUCCUCAUUCCUCGGCUUACAGCAUGCCUCCACCCAGUGCUCACAGCAACAACACAAACCACAUGCUGGACUACCUGGAGAGCCAAGUGAGGGGGAUGGAUGUGAACACCCCUCUAAUGCAGGCACCGUCAGCACCCCCUCCCCACAUGCAGCAGAUGCCCCCUCCUCAGCAAAUGCCCAACCGCAUCCCCUUCUCCCCUGGACCUCCCAGCAUGCUCUCUGCUCUGGAUGAUGUCCCAAAUGAGCGUCGGGUAAUAACCCUCCCACCAAUCAGAGAGCCAGGCAGGGUCCCACCACCGGGUCCCAAGACGCGGCCCCCAAGCUCUAGUGAAAGCAGCCGCAGCGGUUUUGGACGUCGCGAUGACCGUGGUGCUGGGGGCAGGCGGCACCCCUCUCCGACCCGCUCCAGGGGUAUACCCCGGAGUUACAGUGAGGAGUCUUUGGAUGGAAGAGGCCGCUCGGGCCCCAGAGGAGGCAUGGACCGGCCUCAGUCCAGAUCCAGAGAUGAUCUUUUUGACAACAGAUCCCGAAGCAACUACUCCCCUCCUGCGGCCCGCAGGUCCCGAGGCUCCUGGAGCUCUGAAGAGGACAGUCGCAGAGGAGGCCGAAGGACUGGAGCCUAUGGUGACCACCCACCCAGCUACACAGAGUAUGAGCCGGGCCAGAAGCCAGGGGCACGGAGGAAUGAGCGCUAUAAUGACAACCGCUCUCGAACUGGCACCAGUGUCACCGCGGUCGCAGCUGCAGAGGAUGAUGUCAACGCCAAUGUGGACAUAGUGACGGACGAUGAGCCCUCCUCUGGUUGUAUUGAGCUGGCUCCAGACUCUACCCCCAUCAUUGAGGACCACGACUAUGCUGCAAGUUCAUUCAUUGUGGUGGACCGUAUGAAAUAUGAAAACAUGACGAGGGAGAUUGAGGAGCUCAGGCAGCAGCUAGAGUCGCAUCAUUUGACUCAUAGAUUUGGACUGCAGCGGUUUGCCUCAUCACCUGAAGACAUUCGGUACUACACAAGAUUUCCAUCAUACGGACAUUUGAUGGCCUUUUGGAAUCUAAUCAAAGAGGCAACAAGCAGAAUGGUGAGGGUCACUAGUGGUCAGAAGAACCUUUCCGACAGCACAUCCACCGAGACUCCUGUGACUCGAACAACUAAAUUACUGCCAAUUGACGAGUAUGGUGAAGUGUUCAGACUAGUUGUUUACCUUAAUGUCUAA